CGGCCGCCAUCUUGUGCGUAGCUGCAACCCGGCGGAGCGGUCCUCGGCGCGGCCACUGCUGCCCUGCGCCCCGCCCCGCUCCGGCCGCCAGCCGGCGCCUCCCGUGCUCCCGGGUGGGUUGCGAGCCGGGCCGUAGCUCGGCGAGGACAACUGGAUCCCGCGGGGGAGCCCGGCGCGCACGGAGCCUCGGCGGCCCCGCCCCCGCCCCCUGCCCGCGGGUUUAUGGUGCUGCGCUGGGGGAGGAUGAACGGAGGAUAAAUGGUGCCCAAGGCGGACAGCGGCACCUUCCUUCUCCUCUUCCUCCUGGUGCUCAGCAUCACCGAGCCGCUGCGGCCAGGUUCCCGACUAGCUCUGGCAAGACUACUCUCAGAGCUCCGUUGCACCCCAGGGCAGUUUGCUUGUCGCAGUGGUACCAUCCAGUGCAUCCCUUUGAACUGGCAGUGUGAUGGAUGGCCCACCUGUGAGGAUGAGAGUGAUGAAGUUGACUGUCCAGGCUUGACAGGGGACCAACGACCUUAUCAUGGGAAAGAGAAUGCGGACUCCAGGCACAAUCGAGGCAGAGGAGCAGAUACGACCCGCUUCCACACUGUCAACGUGGCGCAGCCUGUCCGCUUUAGCAGUUUCCUAGGAAAGUGCCCAACAGGAUGGCAUCACUAUGAGGGCACAGCCAGCUGUUACAGAGUGUAUUUAAAUGGCGAGAACUACUGGGACGCUGUGCAGACAUGUCAGAGAGUGAAUGGGUCUUUGGCUACCUUCACUGCAGACCAGGAGCUCCGGUUCAUCCUGGCACAGGAGUGGGACCUGGAGGAAAAAGCCUAUGGAAGGAAGGACCAACGUAGGUUCUGGGUUGGAUAUCAGUAUGUCAUUACCAACCGAAAUCGUUCUCUAGAAGGUCACUGGCAGGUGGCUUACAAAGGUUCCUCAGAAGUGUUUUUACCUCCUGAUCCCAUCUUUGGAACGGCCAUGUCUGAAAAUGAAAAUGUUCUUUGUGCCCAGCUUCAGUGUUUCCAUUUUCCCACUCUUCGGCACCAUGGCUUGCAUAGCUGGUAUGCUGAAAACUGCUAUGAGAAGUCUUCGUUCCUCUGCAAAAGGAGCCAGACUUGUGUUGAUAUCAAAGACAACGUUGUUGAUGAGGGCUACUAUUUCACUCCAAAAGGGGAUGAUCCCUGUUUGAGCUGCACUUGUCACAAUGGUGAGCCAGAGAUGUGUGUGGCUGCCCUUUGUGAGCGGCCCCAGGGCUGUCAGCAGUAUCGCAAAGACCCCAAGGAGUGCUGCAAAUUCACAUGCCUAGACCCAGAUGGGAACAGCCUGUUUGACUCAAUGGCAAGUGGAAUGCGUCUGAUAGUGAGCUGCAUCUCCUCCUUCCUUAUCUUGUCUUUGUUGCUCUUCAUGGUCCACCGGCUGCGUCAGAGACGGAGGGAGCGCAUAGAGUCCUUGAUUGGAGCUAAUUUGCACCACUUCAAUUUGGGCCGCAGGAUGCCUGGCUUUGAUUAUGGUCCAGAUGGGUUUGGAACUGGUCUUACUCCACUGCAUCUCUCGGAUGAUGGUGAAGGGGGGGCAUUUCAUUUCCACGACCCUCCACCGCCCUACACAGCUUACAAAUAUCCAGAUCUUCAGCAUCCGGAUGACCCGCCUCCUCCCUAUGAGGCUUCUAUCAAUCCAGACAGUAUCCUUUGUUCUACUCCAGACGGAGUUCUCCCUCAGACAGUGCAGAGCAGUCAACCGACACUGGGAAACAGUGAUGUCUGUCCACAGCUCACCGAGGAAUCUCUUCCUCCUUCAGUCGGUCCUUCUCCAGUAGAGCUGGAAGACUCAGCUGAUAGCAGCACCUUCCUCGUCCCUCCUGACACACCUUUAAGCGAAAAUACACCGGCAGAAACUCUUACGGGCAGCCGCCACAGUCACUGUUCUCUCAAUACCAUUGUAUAAAAGAAUAGCAAGCUUACUGCCGGUCAGAAAUAUUUUAGCAACUGUUUGCACACAGCUGUACAGACAAACACUAAUCCAGGGGUUGAACUUCAGAAGGAAGCUCCACUUUGUUUCUGAGCACUCUGCUUUUAUGUUCUAGUUUAGAAUUGUGCCUCUUAUUUUUUUUUUGACUGCUCUUAUUCAUUCACUAAUUGGUCUGUCCUGUAAAUAUGGAUUGUAGAAGCUGCACCUUUUUCCACAGGCUAUGGAAAGGAAGUGCAGAGAAUUUGUCUUUGACUUCUGAAGAGAGGAAAAGCAUGGGUAGCUUUGGUUAGUUUUUUGUUUUUUUGUCUGUCUUAAUCGCAGAGAAGAAAUGAGAAUCUGCAUCAGAGAAAAAGCUGCUUGUUUUUUGGAUACCAUUGGAUCCAGGGAACAGACGAUGAAGAAAAAGAGAGGGGGCAGUCGCCACGUUAUCUCAUGUCUCUCUUGCUCCAGUGCUGCACUUGGAAAAAGCACAGAAGACUAAACUUUUGGGGAGUUGGGUGGCUGUGUUUUACAGAAGCAGGAACACUGAGGAGCUAAAACACAAGCCAAAGAAGAAGAGGUAUAUGGUGUAAAGCAUGUGUAUGUGUUUGGUCUCUGUCACUGCCCCACUAUUUCAAAACAUCCGAGGGACUGGAGGAUGAGAAGGAUUUACGUAACAUCUGAUUUCUUUGCCUUUUCUCAUAAAUGGGCUCAGAGAAACUGCCUUUUUCAGUUAACACCUUUUUAUUUAGUUAUCUAUAGUUGCAGAUGCCUUGUACUGUGGCAGGUAAACUUCUGGCCCAUAAACAACUAUGGGUCUGUGUAAUGCUGGCAUCUCUUCAGAAGAGUCACAGUGCAUGCUAGAUAGUGUUUUGGUGAAAAGAUGAGGAGGAUUAACUCCUUGAUUAAUGCUCCAGUUGAUUGACUCUUUCCACUAUAGUAGACCUUUUAAAUCAUCCCCUUCCUUUUAAGUUUAGCUUAAUUUAAAAUAGCAAAAUUAAUGUGUGCACUACAAAAUGUGGUUCAUUUCAAUCAAUAAUAUGUUUCCAGUUUAGGCAAAGAUUUAAAAUGUACUGGUUUGGAUAAUAUGGAUACUAAAUACCACUUCAUGUUUUCAAAAUGAGGUGAGGUUUCAGUGCACAUGGGUUUUCUUUCCUCCCCCACUCAUGUCACUCUGAUUAACCCUGACUUACUGUAGCAGUUGUCUCCAGUCGGAGCAGAUCAGGUUAGUUAGAAGGGCUUUCUACUGAGAGCCCCUCAUGACUGUUCUUCUGUUGCCUUAUGACAGGUACAAGCCUAGAGGGACAGGAAGAAAUUGUUGUAUGGGAGUGGGGUUUUAAUUUUGCUAGUUACAAAGAGAGGAUACAGGAUUGGGCUGAUCUGAUCCAAACCUAGUUAUGUGCUUACCCAGUGCCACUGAUUUCCCUCAUAUAUGCCGCUACCCUCUAUUUUGUGUCUUGCUUUAGGCCACACUGUACUUGGGGAUCUGUUUUGAUUAUUCAACAUCUCUGCACAGAAAACUGUGACUCUCACUUACUGGAUCAUAUCUAGUAUGUUUCGAUAUUCAGUCACUUGCAGACUAUCUUUAUUGCCUUGAGGGACAGUGUGAAUAUGGUUCUCGUGUACUGCUAAGGCACAACUGUGCAUUACGAUACACUGUUAAAAAAAAGUCCCUCCCCUCACAAUUUUGUGAACACAACUUUGUUACCCUUUGCAGCCUGGCUUAAUCCGCUCUGAGUGGUACAAAACGAGAAGAGCAGUUCUCUACCCAGUGGAUCUAUUGCUAGUUCCUUCUCCUGAAAUUUGAGUCCUGUUCCAGUGAAGUGGGUGGAUAAGUAGUAGUCAGAGCCAUGCAUACAGCUUAUGACUAUAUCGAGCAUUUCUGAAGUAUGAAAAUAAAGCGGGUUUUGUGCAUUUUUGAGCACAUUCAUACGUUUUAUACAUUGUAUGUACUGAGUUUUCUUUAGUUUUUAUAUGUACGAGUGUGUGCGUGUUUCUGGGUGGCGAUUAAUAAAUAUAUACUGUAGAUGGUACCCUUUUGUGCUGUAUGGGACAAGGUGAAACUAAACACUCUGAUAUGAGGUUGUCUCUUGAGCUGCAAAGGUAACCCUUCCCUAAAGCUGGCUACACUAUGUGAUAGGACAGGGCAUGAUAGCGUACGCGUGGAUAGGAUGCAGUCUUUAUUACAACACACUGUUUCUGAAAAGCUUUUGUUAGUAGCGCUAACUAGGAGAAUGGGAGUUUUUAUUUCUUUAAAGCCAGAUGGACUAUUCUUUCUUUGUAGUUUCCUAGCGCAAUAACGAAAGGCCUCUUGGCUUGUCUGUGUUUUCGUGGUUGAGGUGAACAGAUGCUUUUUACCUCACACAUCUCAUAAGACUGUGUGAACCUGUUUUUAAUACACGGUUUUUACUGCUGGAUGUCUGUGGUAAACCGAUGUGAAAAUAAGUGUUGUUGCAAUUCUUAACUUUGUGACGGCUCAUGGUUGUAAUUAGUCCAAAUGCAGACUUCCCUGUAGAAGCCUGAGUGUAAUAAUUUUCUAUAGAUCAAAGCCCUUUCCACCUUAGUGGUGGCAUGGAGGCUUCUUUAUUUUUAUCCAUUUUAACCAUAAACAAGGGUAAAUUCUGCCUUGAGCAGAAGAGCUCACCUGGUCCAGAUCUUGUUUACCUGUUGUUGAGCUUCUAAUUUGGCAAUAAAAUUGUCACUUUUUCCCUCGUCACUGUAGCUCUUUCACAUACAGUUCUUCAUCUUGGAGCCUUUGGCUGUGGCUGAAAAUGUUAUAAUUACCGAGACUUGAGGACCAACUAAGGAAGAACUAGUUUUGCAGAAGCAGUUGACUUCUCGUUGGCACUUCCUUGCUAACAGAAAAAUGGCGAGUACCAACCUUCUGUUGUGGACGCUUAUUCCGUAGACAUUGGCGCUCGCUGUAGGAAACCCUUCCUCCUAGUGCUGGAUGGAUUGAUUUUAUUUCUUUGGAAUUAACUUCUAUUGUGGACAUUUUUUCCAUCACCCUUUUGGUUAUUGUUCUUAUUAACUGUUGGUGCAUCUUGAAUCCUCUCUAAGCAUGACGGAGAGGGUUGAAAAGAUUCCUGGGACUUCAUCAUUCCUAGCGUUGCAAAUAAGUGAAAUGAGCUUUAUUUUUUUCCUUCAAUUUUGGCUAUUGAGGUUAAUUUUGUAACAUUUGAGGUCUCUGUUCCAUCCAGGGCUAACGCGUUCUGUUGUGGUCUUUCUCCUGAUUUUUCCCUCUCUUACAGUACAAUGAGGUGCCAUAUUUUUUGCUGUUCCUCCAAGAUAUCCACUGGUCUCAAUGUUAGCCACAAUAAGUGCACAUGCAAUCUCACAGCAGCUUUGAAUUUCCUAGUAGAAUAAUAGGAAAAGAGGUCUGAAAGGGACCUCAGGGUGGUCAUCUAGUUUUGUCUAGUCCAGUCUUCUCCCUUCAGUGCAGGAUUAUUUUUUUUUGUCAUUGGAACAAAUUUGUCUAAUGUGCACUUAAUCUCCAAUGACAGAGAUACCACAGUCUCUUUUAGGUAAUCUGUUCCAGUACUUAUCUACCCUCAAAAUUAGAAACUUCUUCCUAAUAUUCAACCUAAGUUUCUCUUGUGACUUGAAACCAUUACUACUUGGCCUGUCCCCUUUGCACCCAGAUUAGUUGAUCAUCAUCCUCUAUAACAACAACCUUUUUUCUGUUUGAAGACCUGUUAUCAAAUUCCCUCUUGCUCUUUUCUCCAAGGCUAAGGACAGACAGACAAACUUAAUAAGAUUUAAUAUAUUCAGGCUCCAGCUUUUUGACCAAGAUACAUAGAUUGAACCGAUAAGCAAGUCAACAGACAUUUAUUUUUGAUUCUGGAAAUGCAGCCACAUGCCUGCAGUGGCCUCAGCCAGAAGCCAGGUGGUGCUAGAGCAUGCCUUCCUACUCAACUGGAGAAGACAAGUUUGGGUCAAGGCUAGCCUGUCUAUCCUGUGGGGGACACGGGUGGCUGGGGAUGUGCAAGGUAUCCUGGGAUGCUGGGAGUUUGAGUUAAAUUGAUUCUGGAGGGGAUCUGGGACAGAGGUACAAGAAACUGAUUUAACCUAAAUCAGUUGAGUCUGAUGCUACAUCCAGCCAGGUUUAUCUUCAACCAGUUUUGGCCAUUUUGAAAGCAGUUUCUGCGCACUGAAUUUUUGUUGUGUUACAGGUUUGAACUGGUUUUUGAUCACUUAUACCAGUUUGUGAUUUCUGUUCCUAGCCCAAAAGAAGAGGUGGUUGUAGUUUAAUUUUUUUUUUCCAGUGGGUUCUGAUUCUAGCCCAAAUGAUCAAAAUUCAGAUGUGGCUGGAAUUGUUGUUUGUUUAGCUCAUCUACCCUUGAACUCGACUGUCCCUUUUUGUCCUUCUGUGAGAGGACACAGAGUACCAGAAUAGAAGAGCAAAACCAAUUGUGCGGUAUUUGCUCAGGCAACAUCCCCGUUGAUGCUGGGAGGAGUUUUGCCAGCGCAAGGAAAGCAGCAUUAGGCGCUCCAGGUUUCCCAGUCUUUACUUGGAAGAAAUGAGUUCCAUGACCUCUCUUCUUCCUCACUGGAAGUUAAGGUGUGUUAAGCUUCUUUAACUAAAUUUCUGGGGAUUAGAAAGCUGUAAAUUUCUUAUCUUUUAGUUGUGCAUUUCCAGUGGCAAAGCGCUUGAGUUUUGAUGUUAACUACACACAAAACACAUCUUUUUUUUCAUUAUUUAUUUUGUUCCCCCCCACUAGAACUUUUUUUUUUUUUUUAAAACCCAUUUGUUAAGUGAAUGUUGGGAAACUUACCCAGUACUUCUGGGGAAUUUGCCUUUCAGCCCCCACCCUGUAUGGUUGAUGGCUAGUCCUCUAAAUCCUUUACAUUUUACAGAGACAGUGAAGGUGGAUUGGGAUCAGCCCCUACAUUUUACUUCCAGCACUGCUCCCAUUCCAGUUGAGACAGCCGUAUUUUAAUUGAGAAAAAUGAAUUAAAACAAAGAUCACUUCCCUUACCAAUAUUUUGAAUUAGCUGGCUGCUGAGGUACAAUUUUAAUGGAUUUUUAAUUUUCUGGCAUUGUGCACCUUGGAAAGCAGAGUAGGCUGGAGGUGAAGUCAGAAGAGUUGUUUUGCUGGCAGCUUUCAGCACUAUGCUGGACUGAUCCGAAUGUCAGACAUUUGUAUGCCUGAAAGCCUGAGAGAGAAAAAGAGGCACUGCUUUUUACCUUCUCUGGAAGAAUACUUUUAGCCAAGGCUGCAUUUGCAGACUCCUCCUGUGUAGUUGAUUUGUGACUGAAUUUAACUGUGACAGUGUAUAAAAGUUUUUGAUAUUCCAUGAAAUACCAUGUAGAAAUGAAAUUUGAUACUGUAAUAAUUCAGUCCCUGUGACAUUUUAUGUUUUUAUGAUUUAAUUUCUUUUUUUCUUUGAGGGGUUGGCACUAAUCUUUUUUUUUUUCUUUUCUUUUUUUCCCUCAAGAUGCUGUGAGAAACAUUUCAUCCAAAUGCCAAAUAAAUUGUGUUCUGUAAAGACAAA